AUGAAAGAAGCUAAAUAUUUCGGAAUUAUUUUCGAAAAAUCAUUUCUAGGCUUCUUUUCUAUAGCUGGAAAGACUGCAGUCGAACUUACUGAAACUAUCCUUACGCAGCUGGAGAGUGAUAACUUGGACAUACAGCUAUGUCGGGCUCAAGGAUAUGAUAAUGCUGCAAAAAUGGCAGGAGUUCAUGGUAGUGUACAAGCAAAAAUCAAAGAACGUGAUCCUAAGGCGUUGUUUAUGCUUUGUGCUAAUCAUUCACUAAAUCUGUGUGGAUUUCACUCUUUUGAAAGCGUUGAUUCAAGUGUAACUUUUUUCGGAACAGUAGAAAGAGUUUGCACGUUCUUUUCAUCAUCCACACAUCGAUGGGAAAUUCUAAUGAUCAGUGUGGGCGUAUCAGUCAAAAGACUAGUGGACACAAGAUGGAGUGCUCAUGACGACGCUGUUAAACCACUGAAGAAUAAUUUUGAGAAACUUGUAUUAACACUGGAACAGAUGUGCGAUCCCAGCCGCAGCAAAGAAAACGUCGACACAAGAGAGGCAGCAUCCACACUCUUACCAGCCUUGUGUGACUUCAUUUUUUUUUGCUACCUUUCUUUUUGGUGUGAAGUCCUAGAAGAAGUUAACCAGACACAAAAGUAUAUACGAACACCUGGUCUAUCGCUGGAAAAGUGUGUGAUAAAAAUCAAAGCCCUAAAAACUUUUCUUCAAAGCGAACGUAUUCAAAUAGUGGAAAGAGCUAUUGCAUACGCAACUAAAAAGUGUGAGGACUUGAAUAUUUCGAUUGAGAGAAAAGGAAGGAGGAGAUUUCGAAAACGUAUGCCAGGAGAAGUGGCCCAAGAUGCUGGACUAACGUUGCCAGGAGAGCUGCAGAGAGCUAUGUUAGAAUAUCUCGAUAGAUUUUACGAAGAAUUAGACUAUCGUUACAGGGCAAUGGAUGACAUUCUCGUAACAUUUGGUGUUAUUAAGCCUCAAACUCUGCUUACGUCAACAGAAGAAGAACUUCGUGGUAUAGUUCCAAAUCUGACAAAAAUCUAUGAUGAAUUUUUUGCAGAGGAUAUUAUUUUGGAGAUUUUACGACUGAGGCGCCACUUGGAAGCCGCCAGCAUUUCUUCCCAAGAAGCGGUCCGGUGGACUACCUUGGAGCUCCUGAGAUUCAUUGCAAAAUGGGGCUAUUCUGAGUCGGUUCCGAGUCUAGCGCUGUGUCAAAGAUUUUUCUAA